CUGGAGUCGAGGCGAGGCGCUCUGAAAGAAGCGCGGUCGGGGGAAAAGCUAAUGCAGGGUCUCCCGAGCGAGCCAGGACUUUUGCCUACUACCCAGCCGCUAGGGAAACUCGGAAGGCGGGAGGCGAGGGCCCCCGAAGCCGCCUCGCUGGCUUCUUGAAGCCCUCCUGUGAUAAUAAUAAUAUGCAAGAGCUCCCGGAGUUUCCCGCCCCCUCCGCGUGGAUCUAAUGAGACGGCUAAGGCGCUAAGGCCGGUGGCCUAACGCGGUGCCCCCCGGAGGCCAGUCGGAAGGCGUUCGAGGGGGAGGCAGGAUCUGAGCGUCCGAGAAGGACCCGGCGCGCGCUUUCCGACCCUCGGGUCCAACCAGCCAAGGAAAGGCCAGGCCCGGCCCGGCACGAUGGGGAGCAAGGCCCUGCCGGCGCCAAUCCCGCUGCACCCUUCGCUGCAGCUGACCAACUAUUCCUUCUUGCAAGCCGUCAAUACGUUCCCGGCCGCCGUGGACCACCUGCAAGGUCUCUACGGCCUGAGUGCCGUCCACACCACGCACAUGAACUACUGGACGCUGGGCUGCCACGGCGAGCUGGCCAAGCUGGGCGGGCCUCUGUCGGCGGCGCUGGGCCAGCUCUCCCCCGACAGCCGGAAGCCAGCGCGCGGCCGGCUGCCCUCCAAGACCAAGAAGGAGUUCAUCUGCAAGUUCUGCGGGCGACACUUCACCAAGUCCUACAACCUGCUCAUCCACGAGAGGACCCACACCGACGAGCGGCCCUACACCUGCGACAUCUGCCACAAGGCCUUCCGGAGGCAAGAUCACCUUCGUGACCACAGGUAUAUCCACUCCAAAGAAAAACCAUUCAAGUGUCAAGAGUGUGGGAAAGGAUUUUGCCAGUCCAGGACUCUAGCCGUUCAUAAAACUUUACAUAUGCAGGAAUCUCCACACAAAUGCCCCACAUGUGGAAGAACCUUUAAUCAAAGAAGUAACCUGAAAACUCACCUUCUCACCCAUACAGACAUCAAGCCCUACAACUGUGAGCAGUGCGGCAAAGUGUUCAGGCGCAACUGUGAUCUGCGGAGGCACAGUCUAACUCACACCCCGCGGCAGGACUUCUAGAGCAGCCGAGACCCCCCUCCCCCGGGGAGCUAAUUCUGGCUCAAGGACUUGAACUGUAGCGUAAUCUUUAUGUCCACGUGGGUGAAGUGGACGGGUGCAUCGCGGGGCUUGAUCACAGGUCCCCUGGCUCCAGCCAGUCCUCUUUCAGUUGUGGUGGGGGAGUAAUACCCGCUCCAGGCGUUCUCCCUGCACCGAGAGGGCAGGCGGGUUUCUUGUACAUAGUAACAGAGCAGCUCAUUUUCGAGCUCUGCACCGACCUGUUUGCUUUCUAUUGUCUUACCAAAUGCACAUUGGUACCAGCAGCAAAACCUGGGAGUGAAAAUACCUUUUUCAAAUUGUAUGUCCAAAUAAACACUUUC